UUUGCUUUCCGUGCCAUUCAUUUGGAGCGCAGCCGCUUAUAACGUGCACCGGCACGUAGAUGAGAAAAGAGCUGUGACAGUCACCCACUCAUCCCGGGUAACUGGACAGGCAGAGUCAAGCCCAUCCGACGCGCCCACGCACCCAGACUAGAUUGAGACCCGACAAGUGAGGUUUUUAUUUUUGACGCACAGACGCGCACGAGCAGCAGCGCACGGACCGGACUUGGACCUGACAGUUCACCUACAUUAAUCCACAAACUACUUGCAGCCUAACAUGGAGCGCAAAAUCCCUGAUUUCGCCGGCACCUGGGAGAUGAAGAGCUCUGAAAACUUCGAGGAACUCUUGAAAGCGUUGAAUGUGAACGUGAUGCUGCGUAAGAUUGCGGUGGCAGCGGCCUCCAAGCCGCAGGUGGAGAUCACACAGGAUGGAGAGACUUUGUCUAUUAGAACCUCAACCACAGUCCGCACCACCCACAUCACCUUCACUGUGGGGCAGGAGUUCAAUGAGUCCACGGUGGACGGACGUCCCUGCACGAGUUUUCCACGUUGGGAAACAGACAGUAAGAUCAGCUGUGAGCAAACUCUGCAGAAAGGAGAGGGGCCUAAGACAUCCUGGACCCGAGAGAUCACCAAUGACGGCAAGCUGAUCCUGACCAUGAGAGCUGAUGAUGUGAUUUGCACCCGAGUCUAUGAACGACAACAAUGAACAAGAGCACUUCCCACUUUUUCGUCCUUCCAGCCCCCGUCUCCUCUCCUGCAUCACCACUUGCGUAACUACUCCCAUUUGUCAAGGCAGUGCUGGGAGAUAGCAGCCUUUAGAUUUAUUCCAGUAUUUGUGCUAGCUUCACUACAUAGUAAAUGUAGUAACUGUAUCUAGUAUGUCACAUAUCUACAUGAUAGUCUUAGCUUCUGAGUUAUCCGUCUCUUUCCAGCUCCAUCGAAACGUGACCAGCUGGGUUUUAAACAUGAAAAUGUGUGUUGCGUUGUAUGUUUGAUUCGCUUAGUGAAAGCUCAUGUAUUUGGCAUUAUGUGGGUCUGAGAGUGUGUGUGUGUGUAUGUGUGUGUGGCAGCAGAAGAGGUGUGAGACUAUAUUUGUAGAUGUGUAAACCAAUCUAUGAGCUCUUCCAGUUUCAGGUCAGUUUUGAUGUGUCCCUCCCCUCUGUUCCUGUAGCCCAAGUCCCACAUCUUUAACCUUUUCUAUCUCACAACGACAUUUUAUAUUUAUUACUACACUAGACUCUGAUACAGUACUGCUAAGGUUUUUACUUUUGUCUCUUUUAUAUGAAAUGUGAUCAUAGGAAACAACACUUUCUAUGGGAAAAACAAUAAAGCACGAUGUUAACUCA